AUGACAGACGAUAUCGAACGUGAUGGUGGAGUGGACAGGAAGUCCUUCGACUCUCAUCCUCAUCAUGUAUCACCAGUUUUGAUGAAAAGUAUUACCAUCCAGGAUGCUACUCAUGAUAAUGCUCUGCAUCUCGAGCGGAUGAAAAGGGCUACCCACUCGAGGAGGGAUAGCGCAAGUAGGAUCGUUGAGGAGUUCAGGACUCUGUCGAUUGACGUAUCCAAUACCCAACAACGACAUAUUGCCGUCACCCCUCAGAAAGGUGCUGCUAAGGAUAUAGCGGAAUUGGAAUGGCAUAAAUACUCUGUCGACGAUAUCCUCCAGAGAUUAAGUAGUAAUGCCAAAUUAGGUUUGGAGAACGAACAAGUCAAAAGAAAGUUCGGUCAAUAUGGAGCCAACGAAGUUAGUCCACCGAAGAACAAUAUUUUCCUCAAAUGGGUUGGCUACGUUCUUGGUGGAUUCGGCAGUUUGUUGUUGAUAGCUUCAAUACUCUGUUUCAUAGCAUGGAAACCCCUCGGGGAACCUAAUCCUGCUGCUGCGAAUCUUGCUUUGGCUGUAGUUCUGCUCAUCGUCAUCGUCAUCCAGACGGCUUUCAAUGCAUGGCAAGACUUCUCGACCAACCGAGUCAUGGCGUCCAUCUCCGGCCUCUUACCCUCCGCUGUACUCGUCCUUCGUGAUGCUCGCCAAAUACAAUUACCCGCCAAAGAACUCGUCCCGGGAGACAUCAUCUAUGUUUCCCUUGGUAACAAGCUUCCAGCAGAUAUACGGUUUAUCGAUGUUUCUUCUGAUCUCAAGAUGGAUCGAAGUGUGCUCACUGGCGAGUCUGAGCCUAUUCAAGGGACAGUGGAUAUGACAGACGACAAUCUGCUGGAAACGAAGAAUAUCGGUUUGCAAGGUACGCUAUGUGUUAGCGGGUCAGCUAUCGGUGUGGUGAUCCAAACGGGGAAUCUUACGGUAUUCGGUCGAAUUGCCAAACUGUCCACAUCCGGUGCACCCUCUCUUACCACCUUGCAGAGAGAGAUCCUUCGAUUCGUAAUCAUCAUCGCCGCUUGUGCCAUCACCAUCGCCUUAUUGGUGAUUAUCCUCUGGGCAGCAUGGCUAAACAAACAGCAUAAAGGAUUCAUCACCGUUCCAGUACUCAUCAUCGAUGUCGUGGCAGUCAUGGUGGCCUUCAUCCCCGAGGGUCUACCAGCAAGUGUCACUGUCUCUCUAGCUGUCAUUGCGAACACCCUGGUGAAGAACAAGGUACUUUGUAAAUCACUUAUGACGGUCGAGACGCUCGGUGCAGUCAACAUACUGUGCUCGGACAAGACUGGGACUCUAACGGAAAACAAGAUGACCGUAACGAGUUUGUCUGUAUUGGACGAUGAGAUGGAUUUGACCCAGGCAAGAGAUAGAAUGGUUGUUGGGAAAGAUAAUGGAAAGACGAUCGAGCAGAUGGCUGCUGUGAUGGGAGUCUGUAAUGCCGCGACGUUUGAUGAAAGUAAGAUGGAUCAGCCGGUAUCUCUCAGGAAGGUCAAUGGAGAUGCUACAGAUUCUGCUAUUCUCCGAGCUGCAGAGACCUUGAGACCAGUCAAAGACUCCAACAGCGAAUGGUCGGAAGUAUUCAAGGUGAAUUUCAACUCGAAAACCAAAUACAUGCUCAAGCUCUGUCGGCGGGCAUCUGCCAAAUCACCUUUGUUCCCAGCUCCAUGUGACAUGUACGACGAGUUCGGCCCUCAAGAUCUCAUGCUCAUGUGUAAAGGGGCACCCGAUGUUCUGCUUAAACGUUGCGCAUACAUCAACGAUCCAUCUGGAGGUCCUGCUCUCCCUCUCACGCAAAGCAAUAUCGAGCGAUUAACUGCAGUACAAGAAAAAUGGUCAUCAAAAGGCCAACGUGUCCUCCUACUUGCCAAACGGAUGAUACCCCAUUCGCUCAUACCCGAUGGAAUGGCUUUCGACCAACCUGAAUUUGGUGAUCUCGUCAAUAUCAAAUUGAAUCAGCAACUUACCAUUAUUGGAUUGGUAGGAUUGGUGGAUCCUCCCCGAGCUGAGAUUCCGGAGACAGUCCGCAUAAUGCGAGGCGCAGGUAUACGGUUCUUCAUGGUGACCGGUGAUUUCGCUCUUACCGCCGUUGCCAUUGCCGAACAAUGUGGAAUCAUAUCUUCUUCGAAGACAUUACAUCAUGUUCAAGAUCUACCAAGAGACACACCCUUAGACCAAGUCUUACAAUUCGAUAAGCAAGAUAUGGAAUUGGGUACAGGUGGACUGCCAGGUUUAGUGUUGAGCGGGAACGAUUUGAUGGAGAUGUCGGAUUCUCAAUGGGAACAAGCCUGUCAAUAUACAGAGAUCGUCUUUGCUCGUACCACCCCUGAACAGAAAUUACGAAUUGUCAAAGAAUUUCAAGCGAGAGGGAACGUUGUAGGGAUGACAGGUGAUGGAGUGAAUGAUGCUCCCUCCCUCAAGGCUGCUAAUGUCGGUAUAGCGAUGGGAGGUGGAUCGGACGUCGCCAUGGAAGCUUCUGAUUUGGUCUUGUUGGAGAACUUCUCGUCGAUCGUAGUAGCGGUGGAAUAUGGGAGAUUGGUUUUUGAUAAUCUGAAAAAGACAUGCCUAUACCUCCUCCCAGCCGGUUCAUUCUCCGAGCUGAUGCCUAUCCUCCUCAAUGUCCUCUUCGGUCUCCCUCAAAUCCUAUCAAGUCUACAAAUGAUCAUCAUCUGCGUCGUCACUGACGUCUUACCAGCCAUAUCAAUGUGUUUUGAAAAGCCCGAAGCGGGACUCUUGACGAGACCACCGAGGAAUACCAAAAAGGACAAAUUGGUGAAUUGGAAAUUCCUCUUGCACGCUUAUGGGUUUUUGGGGCUGUUAGAAAGUCUUUCUGCGAUGAGUAUGGCUUUUUGGUGGUUGGAGAAACAAGGGUACAAGUUUAGUGAUUUAGUCCUCGCAUACGGUGGUCUUCCGCCGCAGUAUGAUCCUGACGCCUACAAUGAAGCGAUCAACAAAGCUCAAUCAAUCUACUUCUUCACAUUGGUCGGCAUGCAAUUCGGAAACCUCCUCGCCACACGAACGAGGAGAUUGAGUAUUCUCCAAUCGAACCCCUUCAAAUGGUCUGACGAAACUCAGAGAAAUUACUGGAUCAUCCCUUCUAUGAUCGUCUCAAUCUGUUUCUUAUUCUUUUUCAGCUAUGUGCCGUUCUUCCAGAAUACCUUUUUGACCAGAGGUGUUCCUGUCGAACAUAUCUUUAUUCCAUUCACAUUCGCCUUAGGUUUAUUGUUGUUAGAUGAACUCAGGAAGUACUUUGUCAGGAGGUACUCGAAAGGUAUCUUGGCAAAGAUAGCUUGGUAG